GGAGUGAUACAAUACUGACCAUAUGUGGAAAGCCCGCACAACUCGAAUCAUUUUUCAUGGCCAGUGAAAGUGAUAGGAUGAACUUCGGACUGAGUGUUUGCCAAACCCACGACAGGCAUCGAAAUAUUUGACCCAACAGGGUUCACCAAACGGUGCUAAAGGUCGGUUAGAAACACGGCUUUGGUAACUGGUAACGCCUGCGCCAAACCAACCAACCUGUUACGUUCCCAAAGGGGUCACGAGAUCUGGUGGUGGUGUCUGUGUACGGCUAGCUGGAUCGAAUUAGUGGCAACGUACACGUCCCGAAAGACGAGCGGGGGCGGUGAGCUUCUGUCCCGGGGCAGGGAUUCGUCUUCUCAGCGGCUCAAAUCCCACCUUUGCACCUACUGAAAGUACCAGAAGCCUUGUACGCACCGAGGCUGCUCUAGACACACCGAUCGCUGGUAGGAAACAUGAGUACCGGAGCAGGAGCGAGCGGUGGGCGGAAGAUACCUCCCCAGGUCCCGCCCAAAAGCCGGGACCGGCCGGUCAGCGUUGCGGAUGCUACCGAGGAGCUCUCAGCUGUGCAGCUACAGGGUGAUGCCCAGGGCCUGAGCACACCGUGUGACGUCAAACUGUCCCACAUCACGUGUGACUCCUUCAAGAUCCAGUGGUCCAUGGACCCCAAGGACCACGUCACCCACUUCUUCAUCGACCUCAACAAGAAAGCCAACGUCAACAACGCCAAGAAGGCCUUCAAGCACAAGGAUGUUCCCACCAAACUGGUCGCCAAGGCGAUCCCGCUGCCGUUCACGGUCAAAGGUCACUGGUUCCUGCAGCCGCGGACAAACUACACGGUGUCGGUGCAGACGGCGUGCAAGAUGCCUGACGGCGAGUACAGGGUGUCGGACUGGAGCGAAACAGUCGAGUUCUGUACAGCAGACUAUUCUACUGUGCAGUUGAACCAGCUUCUGGACAAGGCCCGGAACAUCAUGUCCGACCGCAUGCUCCCGCUCACGCACUUCUACCGGAACCAGGACCAGGACUACUUCGACUUCAUGCGGACGAGCCACGGGGGCGUGCUGCAGCCGUCGAUAAAGGACGACGGCGGGAGCCACGGUUCUCCCGUCAACGGAAACCUGAAGGGCAUCUCCUUCAGCGCGAACGUGGAGUGGAACGAGCGCGACGGGCCGCGUAUUCCGAUCGAUUCCCCGUACGGCCGCCAGCGCUUCUUGUGCCCGGCUGCUGCCAUGUACAACGAGAACGCCAACCUGUACUUUGCCGACCUGUACUGCAUGUACACGGCGUACCACUUCGUCAAUCUCGUGUUGACGACGAAAGGCUCCGAGGGCGAUCAGUUCUGCAGCGGAAAGUUGCCGCUUCUCGAUCCCGCGAACAAUGAGUUCCUCACGCGCAAGAAACGGGACGACGGAAGCAUGGAGUUCGCCGUAUGCCAAGACUUGAUCGUGGAGUUGUUCUACACGGAGCCAAUAAACAUGAAAGAAGGCCAGAUGCUGUCUAUACAGGGGCACGUCGUACCAAGUUUGUCGACAGAGAAUGCUAAGAAAGAUGCUAGCUGUAAAAUGUGCAACAUCAACAAGUAAAGGCUUCAGUAAAGGCAUCCAAAGGGAUAUACUUAGUACACUAUUUCAUGUUAUUCACACAUAGCGUAAAAAAUGUGUGAGGUGCGUUACUUAAAGUGUUUAGUGUCAAGAAGAUGAUGUCUGCCUUAGCUGCAUGGACAGCUGGUUGACAGUGCUAACAACACUAUAUAUCUAAUAUGACCAAAAUUCAUAUUCAAGUUUUUUGGAGCCACCCUCCCCUCUUCAAGGCCCUUUUCCCACUAGGAUAAAAUUGUCCAGACCAAACCAAAUUGAUUCGCUUUGAUCAAAGCCUGCUCGAGUCGGAU